ACGUAAAAAUCCCUAAAAAAGUGCAGUCUGUAAAUUUGAUGAGUUUCGAUUUAUUUUUGUGAUUAACGCUAAAAACGAGUUUUAAUGACAAAAUUAUAAAUUUAAAUUUCUAUUUUCAUUCAUUUGACAUUUGACUAAUUUUCUCUUCCCAUCGUGAAAACCCCUAGAAAAAAGUAAAAAGUCUCUAAACUUGACAGUUGUGACUUUUGACAUUAGAAGAAUUUUCAAUUAAAAAGUUAUUUUUUAUAAUUAGCAUUAGAAUAGAGUUUCAAUGGGUGAUUCAGAUUUAGAAGAGUUGAGAAAGCAACGUUUGGCCCAACUGCAAUCACAGUAUAAGGGAGAUCCAGAAAAUGAAAAUUCACAAAAAAGAAAGGAAGAACAAGCUAGGGCUCACGAGGAUGCCAAGAAUUCGAUCCUUUCUCAAAUUUUAGACCAACCUGCAAGGGCUCGAUUGAAUACUUUAAUGUUGGGAAAGCCCGAAAAGGGCAAAUUGGUGGAGAACAUGUUGCUACGAAUGGCUCAAACGGGACAAAUCUGUUCCAAAAUUGGAGAAACCGAACUUAUUACACUCCUCGAAAAUGUCAACGCCCAAACUCAACAAAAGAAACCAACUGUUAAGUUCGACAGAAGAAGGGCUGCUUUAGACUCAGAUGAAGACUUUUAGGUUUUACAUUUAAUUUUUUCUCAAUUACAAAUAAUUUAUUUCACAACAAAGUAAACACACCAGCGGGACUAGAAACUUUUAGUUUUUAUUUUUUUUAGUUACUCCUUUUUCUCAUGUAACAAUUCUGAAAUUUAAAAUGUUAAUUAAUUA